UUACUUCCCCCAGCUCUAGUCUGACCCACUUCCUCCAUCCCGCCCCGGCCCCACCAUGGAGAAUGAGCAGCUCCCAGCUUCCACUCCUGCCAGCAGUGCCGGUGGUGCGGCCCCAACGCUCACCAGCACCACGGCCACACGCCCGUCCGGGCCCCAGAUCUCCGUCUACAGCGGCAUCCCCGACCGCCAGACCGUGCAGGUGAUCCAGCAGGCGCUGCACCGGCAGCCCAACACGGCGGCGCAGUACCUGCAGCAGAUGUAUGCGGCACAGCAGCAGCACCUCAUGCUGCAGACGGCUGCACUCCAGCAGCAGCACCUCACCAGCGCUCAGCUCCAGAGCCUGGCUGCUGUCCAGCAGGCAAGCCUGGCGGCGAACCGGCAAAGUGGCUCCUCAGGGGGCAAUUGCACCCAGCCGGCCCCGGCACAGCAGCCCACAAUCAACCUGGCGACGUCGCCGGCGGCGGCACAGCUGCUGAACCGGGCGCAGAGUGUGGGGCCCGGCUCAUCAGGCAUUGCUCAGCAGGCUGUGCUGCUGGGGAACACUGCCUCACCUGCCCUCACCGCCAGCCAGGCCCAGAUGUACCUGCGGGCACAGAUGCUCAUCUUCACGCCCACGGGCCCUGUCAGCACUGUCCGGCCCGAGAGCCCCGCGCCAGCCCCUCCACCGGCCCCGCCACCUGCCCCACCACCCACCACCCCUCAGGUGCACAGCCUGGCCCUGCGCCCCGCCGGCCCCCACCUCCCUGCCCUGGCCAUGAAGCCUCCCGGGGGUGCCCCUCCCCGGGCUGGCCCCCCCCGGGGGCCCCCGCCCGACCCCCCCGCCGAGCACCUCAAAAAGGCCGAGGGGCACGAGGGCCGCACCCAUGCCCUGGCCCGCACCACCGCCCCCGCUGCCACCCACCCGCUCGUCACCCCAGCCUAUGCCCCACUGCAGCCCCCCCAGUUCCUGCAGCAGCCGCCGAAGCCAAUGCAGCCGCAGCCACUGCCGCAGCAGCAGCAGCACUUCGUCAUCCAGCAGCAGCAGCAGCAGCAGCAACUGGGCCCCCGUGGGCAGCCCCCCUCGGGCCCCCCCACCGCCCCCCAGCUCCAGCCCCUGCCCCCUGCCAGCCCCGGCCCAGCCCCCCAGCCCAAAACAGGGGUCCCCCAGGGAGCAGGGGGAGAAGGCGGCCCCCCCAACGGGCACCCUGGCUGCCACGCUGCACCCCGCAAGUUCCAGCACGCCUCGGCUGUCAUCCUGCAGCUGCAGCCUGCCGGCCCCACGACAUGCUUCCCUGACGCAUGUGCGUGUGCAUGCGUGCUCGAUCCACGUGUCUGGUGUGUGCAUGCAUAUGACACUCAUGCCAGAGCCAUGCACACGUGUGUUUGCGGCAGUGUGUACAGGUGCCGUGCAGGUCUGUGCAAAUGUGCGUGCCAGAUGGGGUGUGUCUGGACACAUGCCCGACUGCAACACACGUGUGUGCAUGUGCGUGCCCACUCUAAGCACAUGCCUGUGUGUGACCCGUGCACAGGUGUGCACACUCCAGCCAUGCAGGUGCAUGCCCCCGUGCCACCUGCACACACACCUGACCCUGCCCCACGCCUGUCCCUGCCACCACAGCCAUCCCUCGGGGUCCCCGAGGGCGCCCGCCGGGACCUGCUGCCCGUGCCGAGGAGCACCGAGAGCCCGCCUGCCGCCCCGCCGCAGCCCCCCGCCCUCUCGCCGCCCGCCGCCCCCCCGGGCCCCGACACUCCCGAGGGUGAGCGGCCCCUCACGCACGAGCCCCCCGAGCGCCUCCAUGCGCAGCCCCGCAUUCCCGGGAUGACCUCGGGCUCCGGCAGCGCUGCCGCCACCGUCGCCGGCGCCGCCCCCCACAAUGGUGAGAACAAACCUCCCCAGGCCAUCGUGAAACCCCAGAUCCUCACGCACGUCAUCGAGGGCUUCGUCAUCCAGGAGGGCGCCGAGCCCUUCCCGGUGGGCCGCUCCUCGCUGCUGGUGGGGGCCCUGCACAAGCAGUAUGCACAGGAGCUGCUGCCGGACAAGCUCCCGCCGCAGGACAACACCACCACCACCGACUCGGACAUGGAGGAGCCGUACCUGCAAGAAUCCAAAGAGGAGGGGAACCCCCCCAAGUUGAAGUGUGAGCUCUGUGGCCGCGUUGACUUCGCCUACAAGUUCAAGCGCUCCAAGCGCUUCUGCUCCAUGGCCUGUGCCAAGAGGUACAAUGUGGGCUGCACGAAGAGGGUGGGAUUGUUCCACCCAGAUCGCAGCAAACUCCAGAAGCCAGGAGGGCCCCCCCACGGGCGGCGCCGCAGCUGCAAAGGGACCCUGCCUCCUCUGAGCAAGGACAGCAAGAAACAGCCCCCGGGUUCUGUCCCAGCGGGGUCGGUGACGGCGUCAUUGCAGCUCAACCACAGCCAGGAGGAUUCCAGCCGCUGCUCUGACAACUCCAGCUACGAGGAGCCCCUGUCGCCCAUCUCCGCCAGCUCCUCCACGUCCCGGCGCCGACAGGGAGAGAGGGACCUGGAGCUGCGGGACAUGGAACUGCCGGAAGUGCACGGCCGCGACCUGCCCGGCCUCAGCCACCGCUUCCUGCCCAGUGAGCCCAGCAAGUGGAACGUGGAGGAUGUUUACGAGUUCAUCCGCUCGCUGCCGGGCUGCCAGGAGAUUGCGGAGGAGUUCCGGGCGCAGGAGAUCGAUGGGCAGGCGCUGCUGCUGCUCAAGGAGGAUCAUCUCAUGAGCACCAUGAACAUCAAGCUGGGCCCUGCACUCAAGAUCUACGCCCGCAUCAACAUGCUCAAGGACUCCUGAGGGGGGGGCGGGCACAGGACCCUUCCCCCGGCGAGAUCCCUGCUCCUUCUGGGAGCCCUGCAGGACCCCUGACCCCCCACGCGGCCCCAGGGAGGGGGCAAGGGGGGGAAGACACUUGUGAGCACACCCUGCCCCCCCUUGCCCCCCCGGGGGUGUAAAUAGCCCGUAGCUCUAGAGUCCCACCCCAGUUUGGGGGGGUCACCCCCCCUUUUCCAGCAGGGAGGGGGGGUCCCCACGUGUCCCCCCAUGUCCCUCCCAAGUCAGCAGAGCCAAGCAGGACGGUUGCCUUAACAUGUGCUCCCUCCCCCAGGUGGGUUUUGGGGCCCCCAGGGAAGCUUGGACUUCCCCCCCCCAAAGAGGGUCAGGGAGAGGUGGGGGGCGCAGAGGAGGCGUCACCCCCCGUUCACACACACCCACACACACUGGGCUGUUUUGGGGGCACCUUAGCAGAGGAUGGUGGGGGGCCCCUCCCAGGCAGGUAAGGACCCCCCAACUCACCCCAGACCCAGCACGAUCUUUUUAAGAAAAGAAAAGAAAAAUUGAAAAAAACACAUGGCCCCACCCCUUUUCCUGUUUUUUGUUUUUGUUUUUAAUAAACACUGAAAAAAAAAAAAACAACCUGGGACCCUCCCAGUUUUUUUCACUCCCACCCCCCAAUUUCUUCUCAUGUAAACUGAGGCAGCAACUUGGGGAUGUCCCCAAGUGCUACCCUGGGUGGGGGGACUUGGUGUGGGCAGUGGGGACAGGGUUGUUACUGUUACCUGUGUGACCCUGGCCAUCCCUGCUGCCCCCCAAACGGGGAGGUGGCAGUGAUGUUCCCCUCCCAGGAGCCUGUGCCGAGACACUCACACCUCCAGGUGACCCCCAAGUCCCACUGCUUAGGGGGACACAGGGUCCCAAAGUAGGUGAGGGGGACAGGAGGGGGACACGGUGGCAUGUCCCUGGAGAUGGUCUCAGGGCUGGGGGUGACACAUCCCUGGAGCUGACGGGCCUGGUGAGGGGUCCUUGGAUGUAGCAUCUGUAUUUCUGGUGUCCCCAGCGCUGGUGGCCAUGGAGAUGGCACCCACUGUGACAUGUCCCCAAGGCUGGUGGUUACAGUGUGAUGACCCAGAGGUCACCAUGUGGCCACCAUGGAGUGAAUCCCUGGAGGUGGUGACAGGUUCCUGGGGGGGUCCCCACGUGGCAACACCGAGCUCUCCCUGGGCUUGGGGGCCACACUGAGGUCUCACCUGAGUUUGUGGUCAUGGUGAAGUGUCCCAGGCCACACUGAGGUGUCCCCAGCAGUGGUGGCCACAGUGGACUGUCCCUAGAGCUGGUGUCCCCAGCAGUGGGUCACUCACACCCCCCACCAGGACCAGGAGCCACCACCUUCACCCUGAGACACCAGUGACCAGUGUCCACCAGUCACCGGGCACUGUGCCACCCCCUUCCCUGGGGAAACUGGGGACAACACACCUGAGAUGAGCCUGAUUCAUCCUCCCCUCCUGCAGCCCCACAGGAACCAGGCCCCCCCCGUGUCCCCAGAUGUCCCCACUGGGAAGUCUCCUCCCAACAUAUUUCCCCUCCUCCCCAACCAUAACCCCCCAAUUUCAUUAAUUCCUAUUUUGGUAUUUUUUUGUUCUGUUUUAUUCUCUUUUUUUGGAAAGGGGCUGGGCUGGGGGAGUUUCACUCCUUUUCCACACUGUGAGGCUGUGCCCCCCCAGCUUCUCCAGGAAUCACAAUGCAGGACGGGGGGUGGAAACAACAGGGACAGGGACAACUUCUUGUCCAUUUUCUCCUCUUUUUUCUUUUUUUUUUUUUCUAUUUUUCCCCUUUUUUAAUAAGGUACCAACUAACGCUAGAGAGGCCUGGCCUGGCUGGGCAGCAAGGAAAAUAAAAAAGCCCCAAAAUUUGGGGAAAGGGGAGAAAAAAGGGGGGCUAAGUGUAUAAGAGGCGUAUUUACACAGUAUUAACAUGCUGACAAAAAAAGUUACAAUAUUGAUAUCGUACAACAUCGA